CUGGUGAUCUGGUGUUCCAUCAUCUUCUACGUGGCUGACCUGUGUCUGGACUUGUGGGUCUGUGCUGCACACUUCGAUGCUAAGAAGCCCAAGUCUGGCUGGUUCAUCUUCUUCUGUAUCCUCCUUCCCAACCUCUAUGCUGGCUACAAGUCUCUACAAUGGUACCUGAGAGCCCACGAACUGAGCCCUCUGAGGCGGCCCUCUGUGUGGAUCAUCCGUACCCUCUUCUUCCCCAUCAGCCCCAUCCUCAGAUACUUGGAUGCAUGGAAGUACGGUCGUCAGGCUCGGAAACACUGGAAGAACCACAAUCUUAUGCUGGAGAGGAAGAGCUUCGAGAAUUACCUGGUGGAGAAUGCUGAGGUGGCCCUCCUGCGACUGGUCAUCAUCUUCCUCGAAGAUGCACCCAUCGUUGUCCUCAACUUAGCACAGCUCCUCCAGACUCCACCUGACCAGUGGGCCAAAAUAUCUGAGGGCAGGCCAGACCCAGAGAUCGUGCGACUAGGCUCAGUGAUAGCCAAGCUGUCGUGCACCAUGACACUGGGAGUCGUGCACUACAUGUCGUGCAACAAGCUAGCAUGGCACCUGGCCAACACUCAGAACAAGAAGACUCAAGAAUCAGACAACAGCUCCACUAAGGAUGAGUGGGAGAGCAAGGGAAGGUUGUCAUGGGCCGCAGAGUUGAGCAUAUACUGCUGGCAGUUACUGGCCAUAACUUCCAGAGUGAUAGCAUAUGCCCUCUUCUGGGUGGUGCACUUCAACUUGCUGUGGAUACCAAUCCUAGUCCGCUGGACAAUCCACACACUGUGGAUCUACUUUGAUGUUGCCGAGAUGUCACUCAUCAAUUCCAUUGCCUUCGGAGGAGUUUACCUUUUCUCCUUUGUUACAACUUCACCAGGACGUCAGAUCCUGCGCAUCACACUCUAUUAUAUUAUAACCUUCGGGGAGCACAUAAUCAUUGCUAUUUUCUGGUACUAUGGAGCUCCUAGCAACUACUUCCAUAACUAUGGCAUUGGUGUCAUGUUUGGGGGAACUGUAGGAGGGAUGCUGUUCUUAGCAGUAUAUUACGGCUGUUUUCACCCCGACAAGGACAGCAUCUGGCUACGACAGAAGCUGGCAGAUAUGCAACAGCGGCUCAGGGAAGCCAAGGAGAGACAAGAACAUCAUUCAUCCGUCCAUAUUGGGAUGCCUUGAACAAAUUAUUAUAUUCAGGAAAACCAGUUAGCUGGACUUAGUCCUGGAGGUGAGAAUGACAGUGCCUGUACUCUGAAGGAGAGGUGGGAGUGUUGCAGUCUGGAGGGCCAAAUGAUUUCUGAUAUCUGGACAAUUCUGGUAAGACAGUGAUGGAAUGGAUGGUAAAUGUGUUUCCUCUUUUCUGGGUUACCCUACUUCAGUGGGAGAAGGCCAAUGUCUUAAAACCUAUAAAAGCCAUACAGAAUAACAUGACAGAAGGUAAAAGGGAUGGUGAAAAAGGAGAAAGGUAGUGUAAACCACAGUAUGGGUAGAGAUUGAACUUGUGGCUAGUGAGUUGUAAAACUCCAGACAAGUUCAAUCCCCACCCAUACUGUGGUUUGUUCGCAAUUGUGUCAUUACGAUUUCAUGAGUCAAAGGUAGUGCUGUUAAGGCUAGAACGUCUACUGAAAGGACAGGCAUCAAAGUUGGUGAAGCAAGGUGGUGCUAGUUAAAAAAAACAAAGAAAGAGUCUGCAGCAAGGGUGGAACAGCCAGAGAGAUGGGUGGACAAAUUGUGCCUUAGUCAAAUGUACCUCUGCCUCAUUAUUUCACUUAUGGGAACUUGUACAAGUGACUUAGGGCAGAGUUGACAUACUAAUUCUGGUGAUAGUGUGAAUGACGGUAAAACUGUUUCUUUUUCGGGUCACCCUGCCUCGGUGGGAAACGGCCAGCAUAUAAAAAAAAAAUAAAAUAUCACUCCAUAUAUUUUACAUUGUGUAUGAAUUUAUGUAAAUAUUUACAAAUCAACUGUAUGUACUUCCUUAAUGGUAAUCAUUUACACAUUAAUGUUUAAUAUACCGUACAUAAAUCUGUUAGGAUUAUUAUAUGCAAAGGAAAGUGCUAAACCCACAAGAGUUGAUAUGGCCCUUGGGAAAUUGCUACUUUCCAAGGAAGUAGCUCCAUUUCCUUGGAAAAGGAGCCCUUCACCAGCAUCAAAGCACAUACUUCUGAAGGGAAGAUGCUGUAUAGAUAUACUAACUGAAGUCAGUUGUGAUCAAAUUAAUAAUGUGUAACUUUACAUGUGACACAUAUAAUGUUUGUGAAAAAUAUGCAGUCAUGACAAUACAUUACAAUGACCUACAAUGACUUGGUUGUUUAUGUCAGGUAUAUAAUGUUUGUGAAACACAUGCAGUAAUGACAGUACAAUGACCAGCAGUGACUAAGAUGUUUGUAUCAGAUAUAUAAUGUUCAUGAAACACAGGCAGUCAUGACAGUGCAAUGACCUACAGUGACCUGGAUGUUUGUAUCAGGCAUGUAUACUGUAUACAUUUUUUAUAGACCUCUGCAAUGUUCGUAGUUCCUAUUUUUUCAAUGUAGUCAUCUCAGAGUCAGAAGCAAAUAAGCCUCUUGUCUGUACAUUUCAAAUAUUUAUAUUGCAUUUUUAAUCCGUCAACUAUCCAAACGUAGAUCUACGUUUGCACCGCUACUGCUCCGAACCUAGAUCUACGUUUAAUUUUACAUGCUUUCAAACGUAAAAAAAACAUAGAUCUACGUUCAGAGUGCUAGUGGUGCAAACGUAGAUCUAUGUUUGGACAAUUUAAGAGUUAAAGCAAUGUUUCAAUAUGCAGAAUUUUUAGGUUGUCUUUUUAUAGCUGAUCUUGAUUUGUUAUAUUGUGUACGUAUUUUAAAUAGAAUACUGGUCUCCCUCAACAUUCGCGUUUUCAACUUUCACGGGCUUCACACAUUCGCGAAUUCCCAGCCUCCAAAUUCCCAGCCGCCAAAUCAUAUUUAAGUUUCCCACCACCUGCGAGUCCCUACUACCCUCCCUCCGACCCCCGUAACUAGCAGCCAGCCCUCCCAUCA